AAAGUCUCUCGCUGUAUGCAGGCAGUGACACGGGAAGAGGCACUGGAGCUGUACGAGGACAUGGUUCUCGGCCGUAACUUUGAGGACAUGUGCGCGCAGAUGUACUACCGCGGCAAGAUGUUUGGUUUCGUGCAUCUCUACAAUGGCCAGGAAGCCGUCUCCACCGGCUUCAUCAAGCUGCUCAACCAGCCAGACUGUGUCGUUAGCACGUACCGUGACCACGUCCACGCGCUGUCCAAGGGUGUCCCGGCCCGUUCCGUCAUGGCCGAGCUCUUCGGCAAGGCCACCGGCUGCUGCCGUGGGCAGGGUGGGUCCAUGCACAUGUUCUCUGAACCCCACAAUGUGCUUGGGGGUUUCGCUUUCAUUGGAGAAGGCAUCCCCGUCGCCACUGGUGCCGCCUUUGCUGCAAAGUACCGCCAUGAGGUGCUCAAGCAGUCUAGCCCUGAUGGCCUCGAUGUCACAAUUGCAUUCUUUGGAGAUGGUACCGCAAACAACGGCCAGUUCUUUGAGUGCCUCAACAUGGCUCAGCUCUGGAAGCUUCCUAUUAUCUUUGUUGUGGAAAACAACCUAUGGGCCAUCGGGAUGUCACACCUUAGGGCCACUUCGGAUCCUGAGAUCUGGAAAAAGGGCCCGGCAUUUGGAAUGCCUGGGGUACAUGUUGAUGGGAUGGAUGUCCUCAAGGUCAGGGAGGUGGCAAAGGAGGCAAUUGACAGGGCAAGAAGAGGUGAAGGACCAACUCUAGUGGAAGCUGAAACUUACCGGUUCCGAGGUCACUCUCUUGCUGAUCCAGAUGAACUCAGGAGGCCUGAUGAGAAAUCCCACUACGCGGCAAGGGACCCCAUCACGCAGCUGAAGAAGUACAUCAUCGAGCAGAACCUUGCUUCCGAGGCUGAGCUGAAGAGCAUCGAGAAGAGGAUCGACGAUGUGGUGGAGGAGGCCGUGGAGUUCGCGGACGCCAGCCCGCUCCCUCCCCGGAGCCAGCUGCUGGAGAACGUGUUUGCCGAUCCCAAGGGCUUUGGCAUUGGCCCCGAUGGCAAGUACCGGUGCGAGGACCCCAAGUUUACCCAAGGCACCGCUCAGGUCUAGCUGCCGUGGAAGCAAUGUUCGGUCAUGUUCACCUUCUGUACCGCCCCUGUUUAGCUACUACCCCUAGUUUUGUUAAACCUGCCGUCCGUCGAUUUCUUUUGUUUGUAGAUGUGGUAUGUUGCUGUGUAACGCUGUAAUUCCUUGCUCUGCCAGCUCACUUUUUGAGCCGUUUUUACCCCAAAAAAUGUUACCCAGUCCAGUUGCUCUACAGUAACUCUACAUCUAGCCUGGUUUGUAGUAAUUGGUACAGUAUUUAUAUUGAAAGGGUUGCGAAAACAUAUGUUUGUUGGAA